CAUGUAUCUAGUUCUCUACCACAGUCUGAUUCUCUUUAUAUUAAUCUCUAUUCCCUCUUUGUAAAAAGGAGAAGAUAAGCAUAAAGUGGAAGCAAUUUGUUAUAGAAGAAUGAGCAUGAAAUUUGUUUCUUGCAGCUUUCUUCUGCUCCUACUUGUCAUGCAUGCCGAUGGAAGUGGAGGCAGGGAGAUGGCUGAUGACCAUUGGAAAGACUUGAUAAAUCACGAUCGUGAUAGCAAGCAGGUAAAGUUGCAGGGCCCCUCUGGAUAUGAACUAAAAAAUGAAGUUCAAGGCAGAAUUAAUGUUUUGAGACUCCCAAGCAUGGACUAUGAUCGGCAAAGCGAAGAUGAUAGUAGUGCCCACAGCAUGGUACAUGCCCACCAACAUGCUACGGUUGACGACCAUGAUGGGGAGAUUCAUGCUCAUCCAUUGUCCCACAUGGAGCACAUGGAUCGUUCAAUGAUGGUGUUUUUUACCCUGAACGAUCUUAAGGUUGGGAAAUCGAUGCCAAUAUAUUUUCCUAAGAAAGAUCCUUCAACAUCUCCCCACUUGUUGCCUAGAGAAGAAGCCGAUUCAAUUCCUUUCUCAUUAAAACAACUUCCUCACCUGCUUCAAUUCUUCUCCUUCUUGCAAGACUCUCCCCAAGCCAAAGCAAUGGAAGAUACACUGAGACAAUGUGAAACUAAAGCCAUCAAAGGGGAGACCAAAUUUUGUGCUACCUCUUUAGAAUCGAUACUUGAUUUUGCACGUAGCAUCUUCGGAUUGAACUCCUAUUUCAAAAUUCUGACAACUGCACAUCUUACAAAGUCAAGUAUCGAUCUCCAGAACUAUACUAUAGUAGAAACACCACAGGAAAUAUCAGCUCCGAUGAUGGUAGCAUGCCACACCCUGCCCUACCCAUAUGCUGUACUCUAUUGCCAUAGCCAGGAGACACAGAACAAAGUGUUUAAGGUAUCACUGGGUGGCGAGAAUGGAGAUAGAGUGGAGGCAGUUGCUGUUUGUCACAUGGAUACUUCUCAAUGGGGCCGCAACCAUGUGUCGUUCCGUGUGUUGGGGAUUGAACCAGGGACACCUGGUGUCUGCCAUUUCUUCCCAGCAGACAAUUUCGUACUGAUUCCAGUGCCUACUCACACCCCUGAAUAGUAUCGUCUCUUCCAUGAGACACUGUAGCCUAAAUACUUAUCUACUUGUUUUCCUGUUAUGUAUGUUUUUAUAUCUAGUUGAUGGAUUACGCCAAUCAAUCUAUAUGUACGGAUGUUGUUUUAAUGGUGUGGAUAUUAAUGUUUUAUGCUAGUAGCUUGAUUAUGAUUGCUUGAUCUCGUGUGACCACUUGUAUCAUGUUUCAUGAAUGACUGGUUUCAAUUCAACCGGCGCUGUCUUGUUCUGUGUUUCAUGUCAUAUUGGUGAUGAACUUUU